ACGUGAUAGUCGAUUACCCGACCAACCUCGUGUUUGGUACAUGCCCACUCGCAUCUCGCAAAAAACUCUCGGUUCGUUUAAUGUGAAGAGGAUUGCGAAAGACCGGGAGUGGUCAAAACUGUUUUACGAAGACAACUUCGAAAAAUGCGUCAAGAUGUUUGUGCCGGUGUUGACUCUAGAAGGUGCACCACAUUGGUUUGGUGCCGAAGUAAAUAUGAAGUCCAAGGUUGUCUCAUUUAUGGACUCCCUACACACCGCAAUGAAUGAGAAGUAUCGUGUGGAGGCUACGAAAGAAAUGUUGUCGACGUUGGACCUUUUGUUUGAGGAGAAUAGGUCGAAGAAUGUGACUUUCGUGGAUUUCAGAAUUGACAGGAAAGAUCGCGGGCUUCCUCAACAAGACAAUGACCGAGAUUGCGGAGUAUACGUCAUGAAGUACAUGGACGCUGUGGCCAAUGAGGAAGAAGUAGUUGAUGAGUUUCACCCGGUUGAGGCACGUUUGGAAAUCGCUGCGAGGAUCAUAACUGAUGAACAAAAUGAAAUUCGUACCAAAGUGGUUGAAGAUCGUAGGGCUGCACAAGGCAGCUCAUUUGCAUCAUCCUCGGCCCCUUUGCGUAGUCCGUCAAAGUCUCCACGCGAUCCUCGGUUCAGUACAGCGAAGUCUCGCAAUGCAAACAUGUUUCCCCCGUCAAGAGCCUCCCCUAGGCUUCAGUCUACCAAGACUAAGAUUUCAUAUGGUGAAUAGUGUGUGAAAAACACUUGUGUUAUUAAUAGGUUGUGUUAUUAAUAGGUCGUGUUAUUAGUGUGUUGUGUAGUUUGGAUUUGGGAGCAUAGGUUGUGUUAUUUGUGUGUUGUUUAGUUUGGAUUUCGGAGCAUUUGGAUUUAGACAUCUGUUUUUAUUAGUUCACGUUUGGAACUGGUUAUUAUGUUCACAGACUUGUGUUUAUUUUAGUUUUGACAAUAUAUUAAACCAUACUUAGCAAA